AUCUCCAUUGAAGCAUAUCAGAGCUAUACCCUGGCCCGACCAGCAAGUACGCAAGAGGAACCCUUGGCAAUCCAAUGGGUGUCAUGUACCUGACGACCAGGAUCCCUAUUCUGGCCUUUUACAACCAGGGUAUUAUGAUAGCAUGAUCUCAAUCGCCCACGUCGUGCGGCACUGGCCUCACCACUGGGCGAUCAGAUCCUUCCUGGCUCCCUGUUUCGACCCCAACAGUACUGCAGGUCAGGUAUCUCUCCCGUCAGAGACCACGAUACAGUUGCAGAGAGAACGAACCUUCCACUGUGAGCCAGUGGAUCGACGGCACGUCCCUCGUACAUGUUCAGCACGGUAGAACGACCUCACAUUUUUCCGACUUCGUUUCGCAAAGUGCAAGAUACUAUUUGCAAUAUUCCUGUGACCCGCUCAAUCAACACGGGUCGUAUUGCUAAGCGCUCACAGAUCUGUAGCACUUCGGAGGAUAACUUCGUCCCGAUCGAGAUUUGUGCGAACUACAGCGCAUUGGACUGCUCUCUAUCCUAAGCCAAUGUGGCCUUCUGCCUGCUGAAUGAACGCAAACACCAUGCAAGCUAUACAAAAACUCCGAAUCCGGCAAAUUCAACAGCAAGGCCAGCAGCAGCAGAACGGACAAUUCAACGGCCAGCAGCAGCAGACCGGGCAAUUCAAUCAGGGCCAACAGCAGAAUCAAGGCCAGCAACAAGGCCAGCAAGGACAAAACAAUCAGCAGCAGGGCCAACAAGGCCAGAACAAUCAGCAGCAGAAUCAACAAGGCCAACAAGGACAGCAGCAGAACCAACAAGGCCAGAACGGCCAGCAGCAAGGUCAACAAAAUAAUCAAGGCCAGCAAAACAAUCAACAGCAGGGCCAGCAGAAUAAUCAGCAGCAAGGUCAGCAGAACAAUCAACAACAAGGCCAGCAGAACAAUCAACAACAAGGCCAGCAAAAUAACCAGCAGCAGCAAGGCCAACAAAAUGGCCAGCAACAGGGCCAGCAGGGCCAACGAGGUCAACAAGGCCAACAAGGACAGCAGAACAAUCAGCAACAAGGCCAACAAGGUGGACAGAAUUCAAAUAACAAUGACGGCGGGAGGAAUGGUGAUCAGCGAGGUGAUGGAGACAGGAAUGGUCAGAACCAGGACAAUGACGGCGACCGAAAUGGCGACCGCAAUGGCCAAAACAAUAACGAUGGGAACCGCAACGGACAAGACAAUAACGGAGAUCGAGACGGGGACCGAGAUGGGAAUCGUGAUGGUCAGAAUAACGGUGACAACCGAAACGACAACGACCGAAACAACAAUGGAGAUGACCGAGACCAGCGAGGUGGCAAUUCCCAGCAGCAGAAUUCUGAAGGGUACGAUCGCCAGAAUGGCGAUGGAGAUGCAUCCGGAAUUGAUGGUGGUGCGAAAACUGGAAUUAUUGCCGGGGGAAUAGUGGGUGCCGUCGUUAUCCUUGCGAUUCUCGCUUUUAUCAUAUGGCGCAGAAGACGUGGAGCUUCCUACGCAGACAUUGUGCGGUUCAGGAAGCACUCUGAGGAUGUCGUCGUCGAGAAAGGUAACAAUAAUGGCGCGGUGCUUCCGAUCUAUCGCAAAGAUCGGUUCUCCGUGAGGACUGAACAGCCGCCUGCGGUGCUCAAGGAAAUACCUGAUGCACCCUCCACUGCGGCAUCGGAUCGUGGAUCCGUCUCUGAGCCUACAUUGUGGAAGUCUGCGAACCCACCUAUACCAUCUCCACUCGAAGAGGAGAAAGUUUCCCCAUUGGCUCAGAGCAACGACGCAUCUGUGUGGCCCUUCUCGGAUCGUUCACCCACACUGGUGAGCGACUCACCUACUUCGGAUGCUAUACAUCACAGACUUCCGCACCGAGAUCGCGCUCAACCACCACGAUUUGAGCUGCGUCGAUCUGGAUCUGGCCUCGGUCUUGUCCCUGCCCCUCCUAAACCAGACUGGUCUACCAGUGACGAUGACGAACGACCGAAAACAGCAGACACUCUCGCCGCGCCAUAUGCUCCAAAAGCCAAGCGCUGGUCCUGGAUCAAUAUCUCCCAAAACUCAAGCAUAGCAUCCCGCACCAGUCCUGUCCCGUUCAGCAAGACUCGCAAUCUCACCAACUGGGCUACACGUCAAGACAAAGGCACAAAGCACCACCAGCAACUCUCACAAGAUAUCGAUGAACACGAUGACCUCGAAGAAGCCGUCCACUCUCACGCCCACGGAGCAGGGGGAACAAUCCACACCGCCACACCAGCCAUCAUGACCAAAGCCCCACCCCUCAAAAACCACGCAGUCAAACCCAUCUUAGCCCCGCCACCUUCCGCCGCUCGACGAGCCGCUUCCCAGAAAAAGAAAAGUUUCAAUCGCCCUCACCUCGAACACCACCGUCGCGUCGGAAGUUUAUCUAUGAUUUUCAAACCCGUCGCCUCAGACUCUUCCAAAGAGUCUUCGCCGCGGAGUCCGAGAUCACCUGUUGGACCUUCUCAUCCACCGGAUAUGGCGCAUGAUGCGGUCAAGUUACGGGACUUGGAGGGUGAUAAGCGGAAGUAUUCUGCUCGUCAACACUUUGCAAGGGGGUUUGGAAGUUAUGGUCGCGGCCAGCAUGAGAGGGGCAUCAGUACUGUCAGUGAAAGUACUGCGACGACUGCGGAGGAUCUACCUGCGCCGAUGGCCGAGCAUGCGGUCUCACCGCUGAUGGAGGAUGAGCUGAGAGGGAGGUGGAGGUGAGAUGUGGCAGCGAGAUGAGUUGUGGUGAUGGAAGGGGGUGGGAGCUCGCAGCCAACACUGCCCUUCUCUCUGGGUCCACCCUCCUGUUUGCCUGUCAUCACGACAUUGCUACUACUGGUGCUGGUGCUCAAGGCGUUCCGGAUCUUGCUUGCUUUUCUUUUUUCGGGGCUUUUUGUUUUAGCGAGAAGAUACCCUACUGCUAUUGCUUACCACUUACCACUACUGUAUGACCAUCAACCAGGUCUUACAUAUGUAGGUUUCGCUUCCCCGUUUCAAUCGAAUGGGGAACAAUUACGAUCGUUACGAAUUUCAGAUUGGAUGGGGGCUGGAGGGACAUUGGGAUAACGGAUUGUGUACUGGUAGCUGAGGUAGUGAUGGGAAUGGGUAAUGAGCACAUAUAUCAUGGC